AUGAGGCGACAUACAAUACAACGUCUCGCGACAUUUCGGCUUCCGAGAGCCUCUUUGCGCAAACCCUUGCCGGCCCCAGGCUUGGUCCCCAACGCCACUGCGCAACAGACACGCCAGCCCUGGGCAGCCUUCCACACAAGCAGCGCAAACUCAAUACAAUGGCGCAAGAAGCAGAACCCUCCCAAGGAACCCUCGCGAACUGAUAUCGGCGAGCUCGAUGUCCUUGGCAACACACCGACACCGCCGACGGCUAUCGACCGGUGUCUCGACCGGGGAUUCCACUUCCACAGCGGGGCUAAAGUGACGGAUGGCAGCGGGGUGCUGCUCGUGAACGGGGAAGCCUUUACCUGGAAGCCGUGGAUGGUGAUGAAGGAGAAAAGGCUGGUGAAUGCCAAGGGCCAGAUCGAGAUACCUACCGUAGCGUUUGACGCCCUGGACGCGUUGCAGCCACGACCAGACAUUUUGAUACUCGGUGUUGGACCUCAAAUUCGGCCCCUCUGUCCGGAGACACAGGCACACAUCCGCGGAUUGGGCAUUAGAACGGAAGUGCUCGACACGCGCAAUGCUGCUGCCCAGUAUAACCUCCUUGCUACUGAAAGAGGGGUUGAACAAAUUGCAGCCGCAUUGAUACCAUUAGGCUGGAAAGAGGGUGAAGGAAUGGCCGAGUGA